AGUAAAUUAAAACAUAUCAGUAUGUAGGUAAACUAUUACACUAAGAUGUUCAAAAACAACAAAACAGGGAAGAAUCAUUUUUCAUGUGUGUUUCAUGUCAUGAAUAUGAAUAAUAACAUACGCGCGCGAGUCUGGACUUCCUUGAUUCAUGUUUCCUGAUCACUGACCGCAGAUACACAUACACACACACACACACACACACACGUAUAUUUACACGCGGAAAACUACCCGGAGGUCCAUGGCAGUUCUGGGCAUUCAGGUUCCUCAGAGAUGAGUUUGACACCCAUUCUUGAGGAAACGUUGAUCAAACGUUCUCAGCAGAAGAAGCGAACGUCUCCACUCAACUAUAAAGAGAGAGUGUUCGUGCUCACCAAGAGCAGACUCACAUAUUAUGAGCUCAGAGCUGAGAAGAGGUUCAAGAAGGGCUCAGUGGAGCUGCAGAGGAUCAAGUGUGUGGAGAUCGUGAAGAACAGCACCACCAUCAUCCCCUGCCAGAACAAAUAUCCCUUUCAGGUCGUUCAUGAUUCGAACACAUUGUAUAUUUUUGCUCCCAGUAAUGAGAGUCGAAGCAUUUGGGUCCAGAACAUCAAGGAAGAGAUAAAGAACAACGCUCAGAUCGCAGCCAAGUAUCACCCUCAGUUCUGGCAGGAGGGUGAAUGGCUGUGCUGCGGGCAGAUGGACAAACUCGCGCCUGGCUGCGAGGGAUACAAUUUAUUCGGAGACGUUUCCCGUAAACCUCUUCCUCCUGUUCCUGGAGACGAGAGCAGUGGCUCGACGGCUCGACGGCCGCCCCCUCCCCCGCCACAGGAAGCACAGGAAGAGGCGGGGCCUCAAGAGGAAGUGGUGAUCGCGCUGUAUGACUUUGAAGGGCUGGAGACUCAUGAUUUGACGCUGAAGAAGGGUGAAGAGUAUGUGAUCCUGGAGAAGUGUGACGUCAACUGGUACAAGGCGCGGGACAAACACGGAGAGGAGGGCUACAUCCCAAGCAACUAUGUGACUGAAAAAGAAUCAGACACACUGGAGCAGUUCAUAUGGUUCUGUAAAAAUGUGAAUCGCAACAAAGCUGAAGAGCAGCUCAAGAAAGAGGGUAAAGAAGGGGGAUUUAUGGUUCGAGUGUCCAGCAAUACAGGGACAUACACUGUGUCACUGUACACCAGGAGCACAGGGGAUGGAAGUGGAGCAGCUACAGUCAGACAUUACCAGAUCAAAGAAACACAAAGUUCACCAAAACAGUUUUACCUGGCAGAGAAAUACAUCUUCAGCAGUAUUCCUGAGCUGAUCGAGUACCACAAACACAACGCCGGAGGACUGGUGUCCAGACUCCGUCAUCCUGUCGGUGAUCAGAUGAGAGAAGCUCCGACCACAGCAGGAUUCAGCUACGAUAAAUGGGAGAUCAACCCGUCGGAGCUGACCUUCAUGAAGGAGCUGGGCAGCGGUCAGUUUGGAGUGGUGCGACUGGGCAAAUGGAGGGCGCAGCAUAAAGUGGCCAUUAAAACCGUCAGGGAAGGAGCCAUGAGUGAAGAUGAUUUCAUAGAGGAGGCCAAGAUCAUGAUGAAUCUGUCUCACCGUAACCUGGUGCAGCUGUACGGCGUUUGUACCCAACAGAAGCCCAUCUACCUGGUGACGGAGUUCAUGGAGCUGGGCUGCCUGCUCAACUACCUGCGGCAGCGGAGAGGAGCGCUGGGAUCGCAGGACCUGCUGGGAAUCUGCCACGAUGUGAGUCAAGGAAUGCAGCAUCUGGAGCAGAACGGAUUUAUCCACAGAGACCUGGCGGCCAGGAACUGUCUGGUUAACAGCUCGCUGGUGGUGAAGGUCUCGGACUUUGGGAUGACCAGGUACGUUCUGGAUGAUCAGUACUGGAGUUCAUCCGGAGCAAAGUUCCCGGUCAAAUGGUCUCCUCCUGAAGUCUUCAACUUCUGCAAAUACAGCAGUAAAUCUGACGUCUGGUCCUUCGGUGUGUUAAUGUGGGAAGUGUUUACGGAAGGAAAGAUGCCGUUUGAACACAAUCAAAACCAUGAGGUGGUGAUGAUGGUCACUCAGGGACAUCGGCUCUAUCGGCCCAAAAAAGCAGGCUCCCACAUCUACAACAUUAUGCAGAUGUGCUGGAUGGAGAGAGCCGACGAGCGGCCGACCUUCACCAAGAUCUCACAGUUGAUCACUGACGAGCUGGAGGACGAUGGACCUGAAUCCUGAGCUCUGAUUGGAUGGUCUGACGCUCCAGUCCAGUGGUCACGUGACGAGCUCACGGAGGCUCGGCGCCGCAGCACGCGUGUGCAUGUGACAUGUCUGCAUCUCCGCAUGAACUGACUCCUCCUCAUAUGAGGCCUUUAUUUAUGACUCUGUUCCCUCCAGUCAGAAUGUGUGGAAGCCCGUUUCUGCCACAGCAGAAAAAUUCUCUGAAUUAUGACAUAGAAUGUCAUAAUUACGACUUUCUAAGUCAUAAUUAUGAGAUAAAAAGUGGAAAAUAUGACUAUGUCUGGCUUUUUGUCAUAAUUUCAAUUUGUCAUCUCAUAAUUAUGACUCAGUAUAUCAUAAUUCCGAAUUAUGCCAUAAUUAUGAUUUACAAAAGCAUGAUUUCUUUGCUUAUGUGGCAGAAAUGAGCUUCCAUAAGUGUGUUGAUCUACUGUAAAGUGUCGAAUAAACCUCAGAUGGUCGUUGACCGA